AUGGGGUUCCCAUGGAAGAAGGACCCGAAAUUCCGCUUUGGAGACAGCCUGGCGGCACAUCCCAGCUGUGACUCGGGUAAAUCCAGGAUCAUUUUCCUCCUGACGCAUCCCAGCAUUGUCCGCAGCGAGGAGCCGUCACACAGGUCAGUCCCCUUUGCCCUGUGGGGGAGCUGGGCUGGCCGCUCGGCAUCGCUGCUGGCAGCAUCUGCUCCCUGGGACGGCAUCGUCCCUGCCUGGCCGGGCACAGCCGGGGCGUGGGGUGUCCCAACAUGGUGUGCCCAAGGAGGUGACAGCCGCCAGCUCCUGUGCCGAAGCGGUGGGCGAGUGUGGCCCUACCACCGGCAUCGUGGCGGGGAGCAGAGCGGGGAGGGCAGGCGACCAGGAAACUUGCACUGCAGGUCCCUGCGUGGGGAGCGUGUCGGACGAGAUUGCGUCUCGGGGAGGGAAGGAGUGGCCCGGAGUUUCAGUGAACGCCUUCCUCCCUGCCUGAAACUCCCCAGCACCCUGGCAGGGACGCGGGGGCUCAUGGCCGUGCUGGCGGGGCAGAGCCGGGGGGCCACCUUCGAGGAGCUCUGCCACAACUACACCCAGGAGCGCCUGCAGCUCCUCUUCCACCAGCGCACCUUUGCCCGCGAGCUGGAGCGCUACAAAGAGGAGAACAUAGAGCUUGCCCUGGCUGAUGCCGAGCCCGGCUCCUCUGGCUCUGUAGCCGCUGUAGACCAGCCCUCGCACCAGGCACUGCGAGCAUCUCGCUGCCUUACUGACUCGUUCCCUGCUGGGUCUCCAUUAAGGAGGGGCCCUCUCGCAUGGUGCCGCUUUGCCUUGCUGCUGACAGCGGCCGAGGUUGCAUGCUCCCCGGGUGGCCUGGGUCCCCUGUGUCCUCCCAUCCCUGCCCCGGGGUACACCGGCGUGUCGGGCUGGGUGCAAGCGCAGUGUUGCCCACAGGUCCGGUCACUGGCCCGCACGGACGAGGCACGGGGGCUGCUGUGGCUGCUGGAGGAGGAAGCGUUGCAGCCGGGCGGCAACGAGGACACCUUGCUGGAGCGGCUCUUCUCCUACUAUGGCCCCCAGGAAGGGGGCAAGAAAGGUCAGGGGGGGCCCGGCACCAUGGGGCCAUGUGUUGGUGAAGGGACGGUCCCGUGCCCAUCGGUGCCGUAUCUCCCCGCAGGGCACAACCCGCUGCUCCCCAGUGACAAGCCCCGACACUUCCUCCUGGGUCACAGCUCAGGGACCAACUGGGUGGAGUACGAUGCCACGGGCUGGCUCAACCAUGUCAAGCACAACCCGGCCUCCCGAACCGCCUCCGUCCUGCUGCAGGAGUCGCAGAGGGCCAUUAUCUGCACCCGGGACAGGCAUGGCCUUAAUUGGGUGUCUCCGCUGGUGCCGCCGGUUCCUGGCAGCGCUCCCGCUGGCAUCUGGCCCCUGUCCCGCUGGGGUGAGGGACUCCGGGUCGUGCUCAGCAAAGCAUUUAUCGAUACACAUGGCCGGCCGCCCAGCCGAGGUUUUAUUGCCUGGAGGCCGGACCCUUCCUGCCACAAUCGGAAAUCGAUGCCGUCCGCACACCUCCUGGAUCGAUGGCUGCGGCCAGCCGGCUGUGCUGGGGUCAGCGUCCCCAUCAAUACCCCGUCGUUAAUUAAGAUGUGGAGGCUCAGCACCACGAGCCUGAUGCAGAAGUUGGCUGCGGCUCAGAGCGGAGCCGGCGCGGGGCUUGUUUGCUUGCACAGGCAACACACGUGUCCCUGCGCUCCCCCCGAGGCGGGAUCUGGCCACUUUCUCCCCAGAUCCCGGCCAAAAUUGCUGGAGGACACGGCCAAGGAAAACCUCCCGGGACGGGUCGGGGCACUCCGGCCGUGCCUGGCCCUGUGGGGAACUUGUGCCACGUGGGGUGACCCCCUGGAGGAGCAGCUGAGCCGGCUGCAGCGGGAGAAGAACGAGGUGCAGAGUCGGCUGGAGGAGGACCAGGAGGACAUGAACGAGCUGAUGAAGAAGCACAAGGCGGCUGUGGCCCAGGCAUCCCGGGACCUGGCACAGAUGAACGACCUCCAGGCGCAGCUGGAGGAGGUCAGCAAGGAGAAGCAGGAGCUGCAGGAGAAGCUGCAAGGCCUGCAGAGCCAGCUGGAGUUCCUGGAGCAGUCCAUGGUGGACAAGUCGCUGGUGAGCCGGCAGGAGGCCAAGAUCCGCGAGCUGGAGACCAGGCUGGAGUUCGAGCGGACGCAAGUCAAGCGCCUGGAG